UUAUGUAGACUGAGCACUAGUUAGCUGCGGAUCAUACUUUAAUUUGUUCAGUUUUGUUGUUGUUGAUUUGGAUUGGUGGAUCCACUUUGUAAAUAGAGCUGCCAAGAAAUUGAAAUCGAAAAGGAGCUGAUCGGAGCUUGCUUGGUGAUGACUGUUUGUUUGUUUCAGUUUAUUUGUUUGUUAUUAGCUGCAUAGCAUGUUUUAAUUUGUUGUUGAUUUGGAUUGGUGGAUCUACUCUGUAAUAGAGCUGCUAAGAAAUUGAAAUCGAAAGUGAGGAGAUUGAAACUUGGUGAUGAGUUUUUGUUUGAUUCAGCUGUUUUUUUAUAUAUUUAGAAAAUUUCAGUCUAGUGACUUCAUAAUUGACUUCAUUUUGUUCUUGUAUGCACUCUGUUUUUCGUUCUCUGUUAUGUGAUUCCCGAUGCUAGGAAACGGAUGAACUUGUUCAGUUGGAAUUCAUUUUUCUUGGUUUAAUUUGUUGAUAUUCGUUCCUUUCUUGUUUUGGUAUAUCCUUUUAUCUGUUUUGGGAAUCAGGCACACAAUUUGAAGUUUCGAGAAGUGAAUUCUAAUAAUUUAGUUUCAUUGUUUUUGCGGGUUCUUUGAUGGAGGGAAAGGGAAGAUUCGGAACUAAAUAUGAAGAAAACAACAUACGGUCUGACUGCAGGCUGAGGAUUCAAGGAAUGUCAGACUUGUUCACGCAUGAGUUAUUACAGCUAAAAUUCUGUAACUGCUGGUACAGUGUGUAGACAUCGCUUGGGAUGAUUUCUUCCUGGAUGAUGAUUGUACAGUGCCCCAUCAUCGUUCCAAGAGGCCUACUGAUCAUCUCACCCUAGGAGAAAACAACAAGAGAUGCCGCUGUGAAGUAGCUAACGUUUCGAAUAAAACUGGAGGAUCUGCCACUAAUUAUGGUGAUCAUAGAAUGGAGAAGAGUGAAAUUUCACCUCUGAAUAAUACUAUGUUGGAGAACAAUUCAUGGUCUCCCAGUGGUCCAUUCAUUUCUGGAUCAGACAAUGAACUGCACAAAGAAGCAUCAAGUUUAGCUUGUGAUAGUACCGCGCCGUUGCCUCAUGGCUUGAAGAGCAACAAUAGUGACUUAAAUAGUAGUGAACUGCUUAAGCACGAUGUGAUUCUCAAUGAAAACCCCAGUCUAGUUGAUGACAGCCCAUUCAGUUUUCCGAUUGGUGAUGUAAAUCAUACUGGCAAUGAUCAUAGUUUCUUUGAACACGCUCAGAACAAAGAUUCUAGUGAUCUCCUGUAUGGUGGUUGGUCUGAAAUAGAGAACUUUGAUGAUAUCGACAGGAUAUUUAGAAGCGAUUCAACGUUGGGCCUUGGGGUGUGUAAAGAAGAUGAGUUGAGUUGGUUAUCAUCAGCAGUUUAUAUAGGCGGGCCUGGGGAUGCUCUAAAGUCUGACGCUGAGUUCCCAUUUCCUGAUCCAAGUAAGGUGAAAACUAUUUCAGAGAAUCGUGACUUCUCAAACGGGAACUCCCCAAAUAAUUUUCCCAUGACAGAUACACCCAUUAGAUACAAGGACUGUUCUUGGAACACAGAAAAUUCUGAUUCUUAUACGUCUUUUUUGACUGGGCCUGAUACUGAGGAUAAUAAAGAUGGGUUCGUCCCUCCGGAGCAGGGAAAAGGACCCGAUGCUAAUACACAGGCCGGAAUUUCAACUAGCAGCCAUUCCAGAGCAGGCAAUCAUGCAGUGACCAGUGAGCACAAAAAACAGAUCAAGCUCCAGAGUCAAUCUGAGGGUAAAGUGCAUUACCUUGAAAAUGGUCUUCCUCAGAUCAGUGAUCUGCAAAAAGAAAUCAUGAAGCCCUAUUCUGGCUUGACUUCAGACGAGGCUUUGAUUCACAUGCAUCAACAGUCGCAUACUCCGGCUUCUGAUUCAGGUAGCUGUUUAGAGAAUCCGAUCUCUAGCAUCCAUAUAAAGGACAGUCAUGUGUCUGAUCCAUCUUCUGUAAAUCUGGAGCAAUCGAUGGUCAAAUCUGAGACUAGUGACUUGGCAUCCAUUUCUUCAAGGGAAUCCCACCUAGCAUCGGGCCAAUUGCAAUAUAUGGAUGGUUUUCCUGGCCCUCCUUUUAAGGAGCCUGCUUUAGUAGAAUGUGGACGAAGAGAGAAACUAGAAAAUUGUCGAGGUAAUCUGCCUGUGGAACUUGCCAGUCUCAGAAAUGGAAGUGUGGCCAUGCAGGCCACGAUCUCUGAUCCCGGCUUAGUAGGGAAAUAUGAGAAUCACUGUGAUCUCCAAGGAGCUAGCUCGGUUACUGCAACAGAAAUGGGUUCCUCGAAUAUGCAAGAAAGCUCAACAAAUGUUCCAGAUUUGGAUGAUAUUUCACUGGAAGCAGCUAGUUUUCGUCAGCUCCAACUUGUUAUAAAACAGAUGGACUUGAGGACAAAGUUAUGCAUAAAGGACAGUUUGUACCGUUUGGCUCAGAGUGCUGAACAAAGACGAAGGAAUCCGAACCUCAAUGAUAGCUUUGGAGAUGAAAGAGACGCUUGUGGAGCAUCUGAGGCUGAAGGAACAAAUAGGUGCACCAGUUACAUGGAUAUAGAAACAGAUACGAACCCUAUAGAUCGCUCCGUAGCACACUUACUCUUUCACAGGCCUGCAGAUUCAUCUACCACUCCUGCUCGCAGCUCAUUUAGUUUCAAGUCGCCCAGUGUGGUUAAUGGGUCUACUGCAAGUCUGCCUGUAUCGUCCGACAGUUCGGCGAGCAAAGAAAAGGUGUCUGAGGUGUAGAAGGAGCAUACGAUGGCUGAGAGGUCAAACGGAUGUAUAUUAUCUUGCCUUAAGUUAAGUUAGCACACACCAUGUAUAGAAAGUGCCUUAGACCGCAUCAAAUUGGUUUCCUCAUAUUUUGUUGUAAUGCUUUUUUUUGCUUGUAGUCCAGUAUGAUAAUACCUACCAUGAUUGUGUGCGUGCAUCUGUGUUUUAUUUCUUUCUUUGAAAAAUAAUUUGUUGUGCUAACUCUUACUGAUAGAGAGACCUCACCACGUGUUUGUUCUUAA